GAGGUCAUGUUCCCCUGAUUGCCCGGUACAACUCCGAAUGUUGGUCACUACAUGCGGGGAUCAGACCCCCAUCCUAGGUGAAGAUGGCUGGUAGCGCCCAGGAGAACUUCACGGUCGGCAUCACGGAAUUCAUCCUUCUGGGAUUUGGUAACCUCCGUGACCUGCAGAUCUUCCUUUUUGCCACGUGUCUGGUUAUUUACCUUGUAACGGUGACUGGGAACCUCCUCAUUCUCACAGUGGUGAUAGCCGAUGGGGGCCUCCACACCCCCAUGUACUUUUUCCUGAGCAAUUUGUCCCUACUGGAGAUCUGCUAUACCUCCACCGUUGCCCCCAAGAUGCUCAGGAUCUUCCUGACCCCCCGGGAAACGAUUCCUUUUGCCGGGUGUCUGGCUCAGUUGUAUAUUUUUGGUUCAAUGACUGUGACAGAGUGCUGUCUCCUAUCAAUCAUGUCCUACGACCGGUACGUCGCCAUCUGCCAGCCUCUGCGCUACGCUGCCAUGAUGAACAUCAACGUUUGCCUCCAGCUAACAGCAGGGUGCUGGGUCACCGGGUUCCUGGCUCCCCUGGCCACAGUGGUUUGGACAUCCCGGCUCCUGUUCUGUGCGUCCAAUGAAGUCGACCAUUUCGUUUGUGACUUUGUGCCUCUGCUCAAGCUGUUGUGUGCAGACACACAUGCCGUCCAGUCGCUGUCUUUCAUCAUCUGUGCCUGUGUGGGCCUUCUCCCAUUUCUACUGACCCUGACUUCUUAUUACAAGAUUAUAUUGACCGUCUCUAGGAUCCCUUCCACCAUGGGGAAACAGAAAACCUUCUCCACCUGCUCCUCACACCUUCUGGUCGUUAGUAUUUUCUAUGGGACUGUCAUUCUGGUCUACGGGGCCCCCGUUGGGAACCACUCACCAGAGAUAAACAAAGUCUUCUCUGUGCUCUAUGCUGUGGUGUCUCCUAUGUUCAACCCCAUCAUCUACAGACUGAGAAACAAGGAGGUCCGAGACGCCUUGAGACGGGUCACCAGGAAAGCAGCGAGUCUCCUAAAAGGCGGGACUGUCCAAUAAGGCGACGGGAUGGAUGGAAAUGGGGGAACAAUGAAAAUCAGCAAGGUUUUGAAGGCUGAGUGCAUUAUACGAUUUCAGCGGAUCCUUUGUACGUUAAUGCGUCCUUGGUCGACGGUUGUCUCCUAAUGGUGGUGUAACCGUGUGUAUCUUCCUGUCACGUUCCAGUCAAACUU